UAUCAGUAAUACAGAACUUGUCCAGCUAGACUAAAGACGUACCGCUUCUUUUGUAGUUUGUUUAUUUUUUUAUUGUCAUUAUUAUAAUUUGUUAAGCAUCUUUAUUUAAUUUCAAAACGAAAGUAAUUUUGCUUUGUACUUAAUGUAGAUCAAAUCAAAUAAAAUGCAGAGUGCCUCCGAUAUUAUUUCUUCCUUGUUAUGGUUCAAAGACGAUUCAUAUUCAAAUGAAGAAAACGAUUCUCAAAUAAUCGAGCAGUUUGUUCAAACUGUGGAAGAUUUUAGCUCUCAGUAUGGAAGCGAAAUUAGUGUAUCAUAUACCGCUUUUAAUUUAAGAGGCCCCCCGUCUAACUUUCCAGAUUAUGGAGAUUAUCCGCAAGCCUUUGUUAUGCGGACCUAUGGAACUUGGUGGGAUGAAGCACCAUCAUUUCAAAAGGAUUACAUGCCCCAAAACAGUAGUGCAAUACCAAGUCAGGAUUUUGUGGAAGUGUCAUUUGAAAGGGCAGUGUUUCCGUUGGAGGUGGCAGUAUUUGAGACAUACAAUCCUGGUGCGUUAGUUAGAAUUUGGGCACUCGGACGUGCUUCAUGGAUUCUGUUGUGGGAAGGGGAGCCAGAAUAUGCAGGUGAUACUCCAAGGAUAUUCAGCCCACCGAUACGACAAAUAAAUGUUCCAACAAGGAUACUGAGAUUAGAAUUCAAUCACCGUCUCCUGCCGUACUAUACAGAACUUGACGCCGUUCUGCUGAAGGGAAGAGAACCCGCAAAUAUUGGAAAAAUAAAAAAUAAUUUUUCAUAUUCCACUCUAUUCAAGAGGAGCCAGCCGGUUGUUGAGAAAGGUAUGCUUCUUAAUAAAGUAAUUGCUUCAAAUCUCCACGAAGACAUAGUGCAGCCGACGGUUUUGUCCUCAGAUAAAUUGUUAGAUAGAGGGCCACCAUUAGGCGAUUUUCAGAGACUCCCUGACGAGACUAUAUUAUCGGUGAUGAAAUAUUUAGAUAUGCAGUCUUUAUGUAGAUGUGCUCAGGUCAAUACACAUUUCAAAAGGCUGGCAUCUGAUGCCAUAUUGUAUAGAAGUAUUGAUCUCCGACCAUACUGGCAUUGUGUGAGAUCUCAGGUGCUUGUCAAUCUAUCAAUGAAAUGCAAAUUCCUACAGAAACUUGAUCUGUCAUGGUGCGGCAGUCAUUGCAUGAUACAGUCCUAUUAUGUUGUUAACUUCUUAAAAUACAGCGGCUCUGAAUUAACACAUCUAAGGAUGAAUUGCUGUAAAUUUGUUGACAACACCGUACUAAGAGCUAUUGUUGACACUUCAUUUAAUUUACAAGAGCUAUGUCUGCGGUCGGUGGUCACGUGUUCUGAAUGGUCAUGUUUAUCUUCACUCACCAAGUUAAGGCGACUUGAUCUAUACAGAACUCACAUAACUACAUCGGCUGCUGUCUCCAUUGUUUGGUCAAAUCCAUCGCUAGAGCAUCUCAAUGUUGGUUCCUGUAAAAUGAUAUCAGCCAUGGAUGAGGUGGCGCUAGCUCUGGGCGCGAACUGUCCUGACCUGAUGUCCGUGGAUUUUUGGAAGUCCUACUCAUUAACGGCUAUUGGUAUACGAGCUUUGGGUAACUGCAAGAAGUUACAGGAGUUGGAUGUAGGAUGGUGCCUACAAGCUGGUAGUUCUGGCGAGUGGUUGUCAUCUUUGACCGGUGGUGAUCUGAGGAAGUUGUUCCUUGGUGCUCUCCGCGGUAUCUGUGAUAGAGAUCUCAGAGUAUUACUGCCAAAAGCUACUAAACUGGCCCAGUUAGACCUGCUCGGAGUCAGGGCUGUCAGUCCGGAUAUAUGCUCAGACAUUUUAGCGGAAUGUCGCGAACUUCGCCUACUAGAUGUUAGCUUCUGCGAUCAAAUACAAGAAUCUCAGGUGUUGGAGUGGCGCAAACAGUAUCCACACGUCAGUAUAAAGAGGUCAUUUCAAUCUGCAAACAUGACAACGGCUCCGAACGCAUUAUUCCUAGCACCCAGCUUGGAAUAAUCACUGUAACCAGUGUUGCCAGGAAAGUUUUAAUAAUGCCCGCCGACGAGCGGUCGAGUAGUCCAAAAAUAGCUACAUAAAUCUCUACAGAACUGUAACAUAUUUACAAUACAUGAAUUUGCACCAUCAAAUAAAUACAAUGUAUUCACAUAUACACAAAAUGGUAAUACGCGUGUAUGUAAAAUACGAAACACGAACUACAUACAAAAGUUGUUACAACCUAACCAUGCGAAUCCAGGUUUAAUAUAAAGAUAAUUUUAAUGACUUUUAAAAGUUAAAAUAGAAAAAGAAAGCCUUUGACUGGAAAGGAAAAUUUAUUUUUUUAACUAAAAAAGUCUAAAGGGCUUAUGUGGCAACACUACUGUUCAAUAAUAAUUUGACUGAAGCUGACAACGGUCGCUCAUCACAGAUUACAUAUACGUAAAAUUAACUUGACUCAACACAGAUUAUACAAUACUAAUAUUAUUACUAUUUAAUUUGACCUUUUUGAUUCUCAUUUCAAUAGUUUAUUUUAAAAUGUUUGUUUGUCGUUUUUUUUUGUUUGUUAUGAAUUCAAAAUUUUAUAGUUAAAUGUGAUCUAUCCGUCAAUUAGUUAACAAUCUCGUUUUCAAUAAGACUGAAGUAAUAUAUAUUUAAGGUUCCUUUAUAAGGAAUUAAUAAUCACAAGAGUUGAUAGCUAGAAGUCAUAUUUUUGUUUCAUAUUCAUAUUAAAUAAAUAAAAAAAAUAUUUUUUUGUUCAUUUUGUGAUUAAUUUCGACUGAAUAGAGGAUACUGAUACGUUAAAAAAGGGAGUAAUAUUAUUUUUUUUUUUGGUAAUUCUUAGGUUAACGUAUCUUUGUGUAAUGUAAGGAUAUUAUUGUUGUUUUGUACUUAAGUGUUGUCUUAAUUCAAUGUAAAUCUAUAUUAUACCGCUUCUAAGUUACUUAAAUACUAAUGGCUAGUAUCAGAUAUGAUUUGAUUAUAUUUUUCUAACUCUUUUAUUACUAUUAAUGGGAUAGUCACUAAGUACUAUUGCCACAAUUUUUUCAGUCACACUAAAUACGGACAGUUUUCCGUUUAAAUGGUCACACGAUAGUGUGAAGUGUAUGAAUGUAACUGGCAACUGUAUGUGUAGUCUUUGACAGUGUGAACUCAUAGUAAAGACACCAUUCAAAAGCUUAUUCAUAUUUUCUAUAGAAAACAUUGGAAAACUAUUAGUAGUUUUGUUUAAAUUUUGAAUAAUAUGUUAAGUGAUAUGUCUGUAUUAUAAUUUAAUUAUAUUCCUUUAUAACCAAAAGCGUAGACGUUUUUAAGGACAGACUCUUUAAGUGCCACAGAAAUGUUGGUUAAAUUUGUUGUUUUAGUUUUUUGUCACAAGAAUAUAGUCUUUAAGGCUGCAUAUUUAACAGAGCUUUAUUAUUGAAUCUAAUUCAUUGUAUGAUAAGACAGCUCUAUAUAUAUAUUUAUAUAUUGAGAACUAUUUAUUUAUAUUUGGUUAUUAUAUUUAAAGCAAAAUGUUCAUGUUAUAAAAGUACAUAUUAUAUGUCAGUCGCAGUCUGAUAUGUCAAUUAGUUGUCUAUGAGUCAUAAUGUAAGAUAAAUGUUUCUAUGUAUUAUUUUAAUUUACAAAAUAAAUUUUUGUGAAUAAAUAUUUACAUAAUA